AUGCUUGGAAUCAUGGAAACCUCAUCGAUGCUGUCCUCAUUGAAUGAUGAGUGUAAAUCAGACAAUUACAUUGAGCCUCACUACAAGGAAUGGUAUCGAGUAGCCAUUGAUGCACUCAUUGAACAUGGGUUAGAAGCAUACCAAGAAUUUCUUGCCAAGGAACGAGUAUCAGACUUUCUAGCCGAGGAAGAAGUUAAUUAUAUUCUGAAAAAUGUCCAGAAAGUUGCACAAACUACGGCUCACGGUACUGAUAACUCCUACGACGAUACCUCAUCUUCAGGGACUUACUGGCCCAUUGAGUCCGAUGUGGAAGCUCCAAAUCUUGACUUGGGCUGGCCGUAUGUGAUGCCAGGACUCUUGGGGGGCACCCAUAUAGACCUCCUCUUUCAUCCACCGAGAGCACAAUUACUUACAAUUAAGGAAACUAUUCGGAAGAUGAUCAAAGAAGCAAGAAAGGUCAUUGCUUUAGUGAUGGAUAUAUUUACAGAUGUGGACAUUUUCAAAGAAAUAGUGGAGGCAUCAACUCGAGGGAUAUCUAUAUACAUUCUGCUUGAUGAGUCCAACUUUAAUCAUUUCCUAAAUAUGACUGAAAAACAGGGCUGUCAAGUUCAACGACUAAGGAAUAUUCGAGUGCGGACAGUAAAAGGCCAAGAUUAUCUUUCCAAAACAGGAGCAAAAUUUCAUGGAAAAUUGGAACAGAAAUUUUUGUUAAUUGACUGCCAGAAAGUUAUGUAUGGUUCCUACAGCUACAUGUGGUCAUUUGAAAAAGCUCACCUCAGCAUGGUUCAGAUAAUCACAGGACAGCUUGUUGAGUCCUUUGAUGAAGAAUUUCGAACUCUCUAUGCCAGAUCCUGUGUCCCCAGUUCAUUUGCUCAGGAAGAAUCAGCCAGGGUGAAGCAUGGCAAAGCACUCUGGGAGAAUGGCACCUACCAGCGUUCACUUUCUUCAUUAGCUUCUGUUUCCAGCCAAAGAAACCUUUUUGGCAGACAAGACAAGAUUCAUAAACUAGAAUCCGGUUACUUCAAAAACAGAGGGAUAUAUACUCUAAAUGAACAUGACAAAUAUAGCAUAAGAAAUCAUGGAUACAAGCCUCAUUUUAUUCCAAACUUUAAUGGUCCAAAUACAGUUCGUCAGUAUCAAUCCAGUCAGAUAAAUGAAAAUUGGAAGAGGCAUAGUUAUGCUGGAGAACAGCCGGAAACAGCACCAUACCUGCUUCUUAACAGGGCUCUGAAUCGAAACAUUAAUCCGCCAGGUAACUGGAAAAAGCCUUCAGAUAGUCUCAGUGUGGCUUCCUCAGCGCGAGGAGGCUAUGUGAGCCGCCAAAACACACCUGCCCAGAGUUUUGCGGAUCGGCUCGCCCAGAGAAAAACAACAAAUCUUGCAGAGAGGAACUCAAACGUACGGAGGUCUUUUAACGGGACAGAUAAUCAUAUUCGCUUUUUGCAACAACGAAUGCCAACCCUUGAACAUACCACAAAGUCCUUCUUGCGUAACUGGAGAAUUGAAUCCUACUUAAAUGAUCACUCAGAAGCUGCACCUGAUUCAAACGGGUCAGCUCUAGGUGACCGGUUUGAGGGCUAUGAUAGUUCUGAAAAUUUGAAAGCCAGUGCUCAUUAUACUCAUUCUCGGCUUCGUUCCUCUUUUGUGUUUAAACCAACAUUACCUGAACAGCAGGAGGUGAACAGUUGCACGACUGGCUCCUCAAAUUCAACUGUCAUCGGUUCCCAGGGAAGUGACACACCUAAGGAUGUCCCGGAUACCCCCACGAGUGGACAGCACGGGACGGACAAACCUGUGCCAGAAUCAAGCCCCAAGCUCCCACUGCAGUCAGAGGCACCACAAAUGCACACUUUGCAGGUUCCUGAAAACCACUCCCCAGUCUUAAAUCAAGCUACAAAUGGCCACACGGAGGCCAACAACUAUUUAUAUACAUCCUUGUGUGUAAAUAAGCAGACAGAAAAUCUAAAGAAUCAACAAAAUGAAAAUGUGCUCAAACGGCGCAGUUUCCCAUUCUUCGACCACUCAAAAGCCAACUUAGAUCAUGGACAUAGUAAGCAUUACGUAUAUAGCACACUUACCAGGAAUCGAGUUAGACAACCAGAAAAACCCAAAGAAGAUUUGCUGAAAAGUUCUAAAAGCAUGCACAACGUGACCCAGAGCACAGAAGAGGACAGGGAGGUCAUUAAGAGACAGCCUCCCAGCGGCCCCACGACCAAAUCAAUUUCUGUCGCUGCUUUGCUUGAUAUGAAUAAAGAUGAACCUAGCAAAGAACUCACUUCAAAGAAGGAAGUUAAGGGCUCUCCAAGUUUUUUGAAAAAGGGAUCUCAGAAGUUAAGGUCAUUACUUAGUCUUACCCCAGAGAAGAGAGAAAAUCUCUCCAAAAAUAAAGCACCUGCCUUCUACAGAAUGUGUAGUAGUUCUGACACUUUAGUUUCUGAGGCUGAAGAGAAUCAGAAACCAAAAAAAUCAGAACCAAAAUUUGAUUCAUCUCCUAGAAGAAAGCGUUCUUCCUCAUCAAACUCUCAAGGCAGUGUUCACAAGAGUAAGGAAGAUGUAACCGUUAGCUCAUCUCAGGGUAUAAGUUCUUCAUCAGAUGAAGGUAGCAAACUCGUACCUGCUCCAGGUCCAGUUGAAAACAAGUUCUUGGAAAGAGCAGGAGAUGCCUCUGCCCCAAGAUUUAACACGGAACAGAUCCAAUAUCGAGAUUCAAAGGAGAUUAAUACAGCUCUUGCUCCUGAAAGAAAACCAGCUGCUUCUCCAAGGCCAAAGCCCAAUGAGCUUCUAAGAUCUCAUUCAACCGACAGGCGCAUUUACAGUCGUUUUGAGCCAUUUUAUAAGAUUGAAAGCUCUAUUCAGCCAGCAAGCAACGUACCAAAUACUGUUGUGCACCGCCCAGAAAUAAAAUCCACAACUGUGGGCAAGAGUUAUGGCAGGUCCAGCCCAAUGCUUAAUUACAAUGCUGGUGUGUAUCACUCAUACCAGCCAAAUGAAAAUAAGUUCCGAGGAUUUAUGCAGAAGUUUGGAAACUUUAUACACAAAAAUAAAUGA